UCCGUGAGAGCGGCCCAGGCGGUUCAUUUUAGCCUGAAUUCAGCCUUUUUAAUGGAAUCCUCGAGCACACCCCACCUGGCACAUGGACUGCGACUUUCCCUUCUCAGAGUCCUUUUCAACAAGCUUGAGAGAGUCCGGGGCUGGCCAACAGCCUGCGACCUCGGAGCAGGAAAGGGAUCAGGACCUGCUCUGAUGUGCCCAAGGUCAGAGGCCUGGAGGACGACUGGCCUGGGGCCGGAGCUGCAUCCUCUGGCUCCUCCCUGAAAAUUCUUUCCGCGGCACCCCUCUGCCGGCCUUUCUCGUUGUGCCUGGGGUCAUUUUGGUGCUCUCAGUGGCAUGACCAGACCCAAAGCUGGGAGAGGAGGAAGCGCACAAGGCUGUGUCUGUCCUCUGGAGCCUGGGAUGCGGCGGUGAGCUCUGAGGUCCCUCCGGCCCCGUCUAGCCAAGCGCCAUGGAGAAAAUGAGCUCCUUCUUCGGUGCCAUCUGGGACACCAUCUUAACCAAACACCAAGCGGGCCUGUUCAACUCCAUCUGCCUGGGCGUCAUCCUGGGGCUGCCGCUACUGGUGCUCGUCACACUCCUCUUCAUCUGUUGUCACUGCUGCUGCAGCAGGCCAUGCGAGAGCGGCCGACAGCCCCCCCGAAACAAAGGGAAGAAGAAGAAGAAGAAGAAGAAGAAGGCUGAAGAAGACCUCUGGAUCUCUGCUCAGCCCAAGCUUCUCCAGCUGGAGAAGAGGCUGUCGCUGCCUGUCUAGUUAGGCCGGUAGCCGAGGGGUCCCUCGUCUCAGCCACCUUCCGACAACACAUGGAGCAGGGAGCAGCGAUCCCGGAAGUGACACAGUCACGUCCCCAGAGGAACGUCUCAACCAAGGAACAAACCUCAGACUGAGUGUCCCCACGGAGGACACUCCCAGGGAGCACGUGGACAGCUCUUGGGCACCGUCUUGGCAGCUCGGUGUCCAAAAGCGAUGCUCUUUUCUACAAACUCAGGCUCGCCUUCCGCCUGUCUCUGGCAAACUCCAUAUGCAAAAGCACAAGGAACGUUUAUCCAUACGUCUUGACACGUUUCCCAAAUGCACACACGCACGCACACGCGUGCGUGUGCGCACGCAAACUCAGGCGUCGCGUACCUGGGCGAAUGUUUUAUGUUCAUCAAAUGGUCAUUGAAUGUCUGCUUUGUGCACGGCCCCCUGUGAGGCAGUGCGUUCUGCUCUUGCAAAAACAUCUCACGGGAAGGCCUGGCCAGGUUCGGGCCCAUGUGCACUAUUAUGUACCCAGGCGAGGUGCCUCUGCUCGGUCCACUCCAUGUACCGCUCAGGUUAGAGACGUGUGCCUAACCUUUGACUGGAAAUCCUCAAUCUGGACAGUCCCAGCAGCCCGGUACAGCCUCCGGCCCCGUGUACUGAUACAGACCUACCACGUUCCGGUGCUUCUGGCCUCUCGCCUGGGAGGACAAAUUUAAAGAGCAGUGGAUCAGAAUCCAUCGACAGCUAUUGUCCUGCAAGUCCUGACAAGGUCAUUACCUGGUAGGAAUUUAAUGUGGUCCAAGACCCCCAGAACCACCCGGCAAGGCGCUGGGUGUUCUCCACACGAGAACAAACAGCUCUUGGUCGUGCCUCCUAGAAAGCUGUGGAAACCAGGUGUACUCUACUCAGUUCACUGGACUGCAGUGUGACCCUGUGCAGUGUAUACUCGACAGGUGGAAAGGAGAUGCUACCCCUGAGCCAGGUGUUUCCCAGGUCCCCGAAGGUUUUCAGUGGGGAAGGACUUAAGGCAGUCGCCGGGAGAGCCUCGCAGCAGGCGCGCUGGAAGCGAUUUCCCAGUGCCCUGACGGAGGCAUGUAUGUUGCAGGUGGGAUGCAGAAGAUGCAGUUUAAACGGAAGCAGGAUGGAGCUGUGUAGAGGUUGGUUGAUAUUUAUCUUGAGGUUCAGCAAAUGCUGUGCACACAGUUGGUACUCACGGCCGUCUGCGGCUGCUGUUGAUGAUGUUAAGGGCAAACCUGUCAUACCUCACCCAGCCCCCCAAGGGCCCUUCAAGUGAGCUCGCUACUUGCUACAAUGGACGGAGGUGGGUGUUGAAUUCUGCAGGGGCGUGCACGCAGAACCAAGAGUUGGGUUGACACGUGUGCCCAGAGGUCCGUGGGGACAUGUAAACUGGGUCCACGUUUCCUCAUGUGAGAGCGUCUCCCCAUCAGGCCGAAGGUGGGGGGCCGAGUCCACCCACAUAUAUGAUGAGCCGGUGUUUUGGUUGUGCUGGGACCACAUUUCAAUGAUGGGUAAUUCUCAACUCGGGUGCAGGCUGCACUGUCAAAGUUCAUUUGCAAAUCUGCUGGGUCGUUCACUUGAAAUAUUUCCCCAUGGAAGCUGUUCUAAAUGGUGGUGAAAUGGUGACUUAAUUAAUAACAUAGCUAAACUCUGAUAUUUAUAGUAGCAAAAACUAAAUUCUAUAAGAUUGUGCUAAUGGAAAAAUGCACUGUAUUUGCUCCCUUGGGCUACCUGGCACUCCCCUGCCCUCCAGGUGUACUCCGGGCCUGUGGAGGGCGGGCGUUGGGUGGUGCCCGCUGCACCAGGCCUCCUAAAAGGUGACCCUAUGAAUCCUAAUUCAGGCCUGCAUGAUUUGGGGACCAGUCAUGUUCACCCUCUCGCCUUGAGUGGCUCCAAGAAUCCUGGGCACUCAGGCCCCUCACUCCUAACCCCUUUUGACCAGAGAGAGAAGCCACCCUCUGAUUCUCUGUCCCCUUGUCACCUGGAGAGCGUCUCAUGGAGCAUCUGACUGUCCCCUUGAUGUCGCAGGAUGACUAGUCAUCUCCCCACACAAAAUGCACGGGCCUCACUGCGUCCACCGCUGCCCACCGGGACGAGUUCCCCUUCCUACCGCCAACCCUCAGUCCCCGAGAGGGAUGACUUGGGGAGACGUGGAAGCCGACAGCUGAGGCUGGUGUCAGAUGCGAUCUAGGAGAAGAGAUCACCCGGAUCGGGACCACACGAAGAACACGGUUGCCGUGGCAACCGGCUGCUCAUUUGAAUGAAGAUGGCAGUCGGUUGUCAUUGCUGUGACAAAGCCUCCGUCUCCAGGUACAGUGCCCUGCUGUCUCCUAAUCGAAUGGACCUGCUCUACCUCAGGGCGCAAAACAUCCCCAAACUCACGUCUCGGUUGCUCCCACAGGCCUGGACGCAGGAUGCUAAGCCCCGAACGAGGCCUGUCUUCCCACCGCGGCCUCCCCUGGAGCGCCGAGAACAGUGCGGGGGGCGCGCGAGGCCUCGUGUUUUUGUUGAAUAAAUGGAUGUGUGAAAGGAGCCCAAGGCGCCGCCCCCUUCCCAGUUCAUCCUCACCCUUCUCUCCCGGGUCUCGCUCUUCUCUUCCUCCCUCCCCUGCUGGCACCCCUGCCCCCCACUCCAUGCGCUGUUCCCCUCCACGGUUACUCCUUCCUCUAGGCCUCUUGUCCCACAACUGCCACUGGCCACAGGGCUGCCUCAGGACGGAGCCUCUGCUGGGCCCGCCUCGGGGGACUGAUGCUAAUGAAGGGCAAAAAGGAUCGUGAAGAAGAGGCGUCCGGGACCAGCACCGGCCUGGGGAGGGGCCCCGGGGUUUCUGCAGCUUAGGCCAGGCUGGCUGCUGAGUUGAAGGUCUCAGGAGGUCUCUCCACCGCUCAAUGGGUUUGCUUUUCUGCUUCUUAGGGGGAGGGAGAGGAAGGAGGUAGAGAAAAGGCAGUGGCCUCUUCAAGAAGAAUAGAAAUGGUACAAGUUGUAUAGUAUUUGUCAAUAUUUUUUUUUCUGGAAAAUUCAAACGCACCAAUAGAAAAACUUAUUUAAAUAAAAUACU